AAAAGACACCGUUAAAAGAAGGAAGUUUUUUUUCAUAUCCUGCUGAAUACACGAUAUAUUCUUCACCUUCCAGGCACAGAAAUGCCAAGCAAUGUAGAGAUCAAGGCCCGAGUAGCGGAUGUGGAGAGACUGAAGCUUGCAGCCCGGGAGUUGAGCGGCGCUGACCCGGUCCUCAUCCGUCAGGAGGACAUAUUUUUCAAUGUUCCUUCUGGCAGGCUCAAACUGAGGAAGUUACAGGACCAGAAGUCACAGCUGAUUUUCUAUGAGAGGAGUGAUCAGACUGGUCCAAAGUUCAGUGACUACUGCAUUUCUCAAACAGAUGAACCGGAAUCACUUCAGGCGACGCUGGUACGGGCGCUGGGCAUGAAGGGCGUGGUGCAAAAGGAGCGGCUGCUCUACAUGGUUGGGCAGACCCGCGUGCACUUGGACAAUGUCCAGGACCUCGGAGACUUCAUGGAACUUGAGGUUGUGAUGCAGGAGGGCCAGAGCAUGGAGGAGGGAGAGCAGAUUGCCGCCCGCCUUAUGGAGCAAUUGGGAGUUGCCAGGGACCAGCUCAUCUCCGGGGCAUACAUGGACCUCAUUCUCAAUAAACAAACUAAAACUUAUGCUUUCUUAUUUUCCUUGUGUAUAUAA